GGAGGGAGAGGGGAGCGCGCCGGAGACGCGCGCGCCCAGCCCACCCCCCGCGCCCGCCGCCGCCCGGACAAUAAACAGCCGCUUUGCGCGGGGCGAUGCCCGAGCCGGUGCCGCCGCCCCCGCGCCGCGCAGCCCCGGCCGCCAGGCCUUAGCCCUCCCCGGCCCCCGCCCGGCCGCGUCCCCCUCCCCUCCCCUCCCCCGCGCACCUCCCGCGCCCGCCCCCGCCCGGCACCGCGGACCCACCCGGACCUCGGCGGGGAGAUGGAGGUCCUGGUGGCAGAGACCACGUCCCAGCAGGAGCGGCUGCAGGCCAUCGCAGAGAAGCGGAAGCGGCAGGCGGAGAUCGAGAACAAGCGCCGGCAGCUGGAGGAUGAGCGGAGGCAGCUGCAGCACCUGAAGUCCAAGGCACUGCGGGAGCGCUGGCUGCUGGAGGGGACGCCGUCCUCGGCCUCGGAGGGGGACGAGGACCUGAGGAGGCAGAUGCAGGAGGAUGAGCAGAAGACACGGUUGCUGGAGGACUCGGUGUCCAGGUUGGAGAAGGAAAUUGAGGUGCUGGAGCAUGGAGACUCCGCCCCAGCCGCGGCCAAGGAGAACGCGGUGGCCCUGAGCCCGGUCCGGGCCCCGGCCCCGAGUCCAGCCAAGGAGGAGCGCAAGACAGAGGUGGUGAUGAAUUCACAGCAGACCCCGGUGGGCACACCCAAAGACAAGCGAGUCUCAAACACGCCCGUGAGGACGGUUGACGGCUCCCCCAUGAUGAAGGCAGCCAUGUACUCGGUUGAGAUCACUGUGGAGAAGGACAAGGUGACAGGGGAGACCAGGGUGCUGUCCAGCACCACGCUGCUCCCUCGGCAGCCGUUCCCUCAGGGCAUCAAAGUCUACGAGGACGAAACCAAAGUGGUCCAUGCUGUGGACGGCACCGCCGAGAACGGGGUCCACCCCCUGAGCUCCUCUGAAGUGGACGAACUCAUCCACAAAGCAGACGAGGUCACGCUGAGCGAGGCAGGGUCCACGGCCGGGGCGGCAGAGACCCGGGGGGCUGUGGAGGAGGCAGCCCGGACCACGCCCUCCAGACGGGAGAUCACCGGCGUGCAGGCACAGCCAGGCGAGGCCACGUCCGGCCCGCCGGGGAUCCAGCCCGGCCAGGAGCCCCCGGUCACCAUGAUCUUCAUGGGUUACCAGAACGUAGAGGAUGAGGCCGAGACCAAGAAGGUGCUGGGCCUUCAAGACACCAUCACGGCGGAGCUGGUGGUCAUCGAAGACGCGGCCGAGCCCAAGGAGCCCGCGCCGCCCAACGGCAGUGCCGCCGAGCCUCCUGCAGAGGCUGGUUCCAGGGAAGAGAAGCAGGCCGGGCCCGAGGCCACCACCAGCGACCCCCAGGACCUCGACAUGAAGAAGCAGCGUUGCAAAUGCUGCUUGAUCAUGUGAGCCGGCCCCUGAGACCCCGGCCCCCACCCCACACCACAGACACCCACCAGCCCGGCCCCUCCCGGCGCCUGCCCACCCUCCACCUACAGCCUCACGGGUCCAGGACUUGGCGCGUUGUUACAUGUUCCUUCCGAGUUUUCUUUCACUGGAAAGAGGGACAGGGGCCCCCGCCCGUCACCACGCCCCAACGCUCCCCCGAAACCAGGGCCGUGCACUCGUGCCUGGUAGGAGAGAGACAGGACAGACCCGCUUUUCCCGAAACGAGGACCCCCCAUGUCACGGCAGCUUCACAGACGCGGCUCGCGCCCACCGGGGUCCUGGCGGGUGGGACCCGCGGCCUCCACGUGGCCCAGGCCAGCCUGCCACCCUCUGGGCCUCCCGCCUGUGCCUUUCUCUGAGGGGACACCCUGCCAGAGAGGGCCCCGGGAGCCGGGGGCGGGAAGUGGGGCUCCACGGGGUUCCCUAGCCAAGGCGCUGGCCCCCCAAUCUCAGGCAGUUGGGGUGAGGCCGUGCCUCUUUGGGGGCUCAAAGUGUUCGGUGGAGGACAGGCCCCUCCGCUGUGUCCCCCAUGCCCUGUAUGGGCCCAACCCGUGGACAGUGGAGUCUGGGGGAGGGGGAACCCAGGGACAUGCCCCCACCCGGGAGGGGCCGGCAAACCCUGGGCUGUCUUCUAGAGGGGGCGAACCAGGGGUCAUUGACCUGUCCCCUGCAUGGGGCAGGGACCGAGGGAGCCACUCCUUGUCCUGAGCUCCCGCCCCCGCUGGGCCCUCCUUCCUCCUGGUGCUAAUUUGGGGACCCCAGGGGCCGCCCCCGGCCUCUUCUCCAACCUGCUUGGACCAGGGUCCUGGGUCUUCCCAACCACACCCCAGAGAUCAGGCCCCACUUGCCAGCUCUGCUGGGCAGUGGAGAGCGGGACACAGCCUGGGACAGGAAGCCUCUUGGUUGGAGCAGGAGACCCUCAUUUGCCACCCAGACCAAUGUGAGCCUGCCCCCAGCCCCCUCUUACUGGAAGUGGCAAGGGGCCUCCCUCCUGGGGGCAGCCACACACGUCCCCAGAGGCACAUUCGUGCACAUUCUCACAGACACCUUCUCACGCGUGGGCUUUGGACAACCAGGGCCGCAACUUGGUCCCUCCCCCAGGGGCCUCCAGCCUGGUGCCCAGUGCUCAGGCCGCCUCCAGGUACAGGGGCCGCCUCGGAUGGGAGCCUGGGUCCCUGCCUCCGCUCUGCCCCUGGGUGGCUGGGAGGAGAGGCCCUCUCGGGGGUGACCUGGGCGUCCGCCGUGGGACCCCCUCCUCCUCCCUCGAGUCUGCCGGAGUCCCUCGAGCCGCGAGCCUUCGCUGAAGUGCCCUUGCUGCCCCCUCUGCUUUCGGUGUGUGACGAGGUCCCCGAUGUUCUUGAUUUUCCCAGAGAAGCAAAUAAACAGCGUGAACAGCCCCA